UUUGUUGGGUGCAAAAAUGUUUGCCCUCUUCAAAGCGGCCUUGUUCAGUGGGGUGGCUGGACUCCUGUCUAAACCCAGACGGAAUUUGGGGCCUCCCGCCUGGGAGAGCAUCUGGGUCCCCGUCUCCUGGCCAGUCCCGGAUCUCCGCGUCCUGGGGGUGCAUGUGAUAUUCAGGUCCCUUGAGUGGCUCCGAUCCUAGGGGGUGUCCCCCCCGCCCAAGUGACUUGGUUAUGGGUCAGCACAGAGCAAACCCGUUCCUCCCCCAGCCGCUCAUUGGUCCCCGUUCCCCCGCUUCCUGCAAUUCUGCAACUGAUUCGGGGUGUGGGGCUCCCCCCUGAUUUGGGCGGUGGAAAGCACCAGAUUGCAGAAUAUGGGGGGACGGACGCUUCCCUCCCCUUCUCCGUUCCCUCCCCAUUGCCCCCAGGACCCCAGUCUCUGCCCGCCCCCCCCCAGGUUGGGCCAGGGACCUGCUGCUCAUCUACUGGGACCCCUGUGCACCCCCUCUUUUCUCUAGUGCCUGCAGAACUUUGUACCGGGACAGGAGGGGAGGGAGGCGCUCGUCUGGGUGGAUUCUGGCACGUGGCCGGGCCCAGGUGCAAUGGGGCGCGGUGCCGGGUUUGUAUCCGGGCGGGGGCUGUUAAAAGUAGGGCUGGGGUUUGCCAAAGCCCAUAACAUCCAUGGGGACCCCCCCCCCAAUAUCCUGUCUCCUCCUGGACUCUUGGGUUCUCUCCCUGGCUCUGGGAGGGGAGUGGGGGCUGGUGGGUCAGAGCAGGGGGGGCGAGCAGGAUGCCUGGGUUCUCUCCCCGGCUCUGGGAGGGGAGUGGGGGCUGGUGGGUUAGAGCAGGGGGGGCUGGGAGCCAGGACUCCUGGGUUCUCUCCCUGGCUCUGGGAGGGGAGUCAGGGCUGGUGGGUCAGAGCAGGGGGGGCUGGGAGCCAGGACUCCUGGGUUCUCUCCCUGGCUCUGGGAGAGGAGUGGGGGCUGGUGGGUCAGAGCAGUGGGGGCCAGGAGCCAGGACUCCUGGGUUCUCUCCCCGGCUCUGGGAGGGGAGUGGGGGCUGGUGGCCAGGACUCCUGGGUUCUCUCCCUGGCUCUGGGAGAGGAGUGGGGGCUGGUGGGUCAGAGCAGUGGGGGCCAGGAGCCAGGACUCCUGGGUUCUCUCCCCGGCUCUGGGAGGGGAGUGGGGGCUGGUGGCCAGGACUCCUGGGUUCUCUCCCUGGCUCUGGGAGAGGAGUGGGGGCUGGUGGGUCAGAGCAGUGGGGGCCAGGAGCCAGGACUCCUGGGUUCUCUCCCCGGCUCUGGGAGGGGAGUGGGUUAUGCUCUGGACCCUCCCUCAGUUUGCAAGGUGGGGCUGCCUCCCAUAUCUAUUCUCAGGGGUGAUUGGGACAUCCAAGGAGCCCUCCCUCAUUCUUGGGCUCAGCAAGCCCCCCUUCCCAAACUCCACCCGGUCCUGCCCCCCUGUGUCCCCGUGGGGGUGGGGGGUGUCUCUCUCCCUCCCCUGGGCUUAGGGACAGUUUGGGGGAGGAAGAGGUUUCAAACCCCCCCCCCCAUUACGAGGGUGUCAGUUUCCUAUGGAAACUGAUAGGGGAGGGGGGGCAGACCAGUGGGGGAGUUGGGUAAGGCGGGGGGCGGGGCUGGGAGGCCAAUAGAGGAAAUCAUUCGAGAAUGCGGAAGGCCCUGUCCUGUCCCAUCCCCUGAAAAUAAGGAUCUUCGUGGGGGGGCUGCUGAGACAGGGGAAGUUUGGGGGGUGGUAACACAGCUCAGCCCGUCUGUUCCCUAGAGGAAAAAGGUGAAAUUGGGGAGCCAAUUCUCUCCCCCCAACAAACUAGGUGAGGAGGGGAAAGCCCCCCCCUUCCAGCUGCCUCUGGUUUUCACCCCAUCCCCCCAAAGGCUGCCCCUUUAUGACCAGUGUGGAUCCAGACUCUGACCCCGGGGGGGCAAUCCCUCCCACAUGGGUGGAUUGUGCCCAGAUGGGGGAGUGGGGGGCAGGUGUUUCCUGGUGGAGAAUAGAUGGUGGGGGCUGGUUAGUGCAGACAGCUGUUCUGGGCCCGGCUGCUGCCCCCCACCCACUGACCCCAGGGAAAGCAGGUGCUGGGAGGGGAGUGAGGCUGGUGGGUUAGAGCAGGGGGGCUGGGAGCCAGGACUCCUGGGUUCUCUCCCCAGCUCUGGGAGGGGAGUGGGGGCUGGUGGUUAGAG